GAUCAGUUUGCCUUUAGGUUGCAUCACUAGUUAGCGUGUUGCCGUGUCGUGUUAUUGUGCGAAAGUUAGCUCGGUUCGACAAAUUAUUGAGCUCUUACAAUCACGUGCAUUUAUAGGACUAUUUGGCGAUUGACAAUAUGAGCAAGUCUACGGGCAAUGCGCCGCCGUUCACAUACGUUCCACCGCCAUCGGCGCCUCCGUCCUAUCUGGAGGCAGUUGGCGGGGUGAAGCCAGUGGGUCCAUACACGCCAGUUGUGGCGCCUGCAACCGUGGGCACAAAUAUAUUGACGACAGUGGUGCCCAUUGGACGGACUUCCACACACAUGAUAUGCCCCUCAUGCCAUGCAGAGAUCGAGUCAACAACACGUACAGAACCGGGCAUGAUUGCCUAUCUUUCCGGUUUUGUAAUCGCAUUGCUAGGUUGUUGGCUGGGCUGCUGCUUGAUACCUUGUUGCAUCGAUGAUUGCAUGGACGUCCAUCACACGUGCCCCAACUGCAAGGCAUAUUUGGGACGUUAUCGACGAUAAAUUACUGCAAUUUCUACUGCUGCUUUGCACACAACUUACACACACCCAAAUUCACAGACAACUAUACAUAUGGAGGGAGGAGGGGACGGAGAGUUAAAUUUAAGCGAAUGCUCUGCCUUUUUUAUUAAAUCGUAAUAAUAAUACUUGGAUUCCAUGGCCAAAAGGAAUGCAGGCGCUUAUUUCUAAUCUAAUGCUAAUCCUUGCUAAAUUGCUCAUGCUCCGUGCACUUAAUUGGCAACUCGAAAUUACACUUAGUUUGCCAAAUAUUUUUUAAAAAUAUUUUAGUUAUUUAAAUAUGUAAUAUUCGGGUAAAUAUAUAACUAUUUGGCAGCUUUCGAAUAGAAUAUUCUAAUAUUUAUGUAAAUAUUUACACAAUUGUCCAAACACUUUGCUAUGCGA